UAAUCCCAGACGGGCCAGCUGUCCCCGGAAACUGGGGCAGGUAUAGGGAGACGCACAGGAGCAGGUCGACAGAUACUGGCAGGCGGCCUCGUUCCAGACGUAUUUAAUAUGGCUUGAGAUUUUUGUCCUCGUAUAGGUGAUUGCCAGAACCACCAUGGCGUUGACACAAGAUGCGGUUUUAACCUUCUUGCUGGAUGAAGGAGGCAAAGUACCCAAUUCCGAGCUGCUAACCAAGUUCAAAGGACUUAUCAACCCCGACAACGCCGAAGAAAGAAAGCAGAACCGGGAACUCUUUAAAAGGUUCGUGAACAACAUCGCGGUGGUGAAGGACGAGGAUGGAGUUAAGUACAUCGUUAUCCGCAAAAAGUUUCAGCAUCUAGUGAAAGAAAACGCGGCGCUGGGUUCAGCAGUUGGGGGCGCGGAGAGCGCGGGCGUUGUGCCCGCAGGUGAAGGCGCGUACUUGGAGGGGGCGGGAUUAACCUCUGACCUCCGAAACAACAACUCGGUUGCAACGCCCAAGGUGCCACUGGAGUCUAGAAAUGAGAAAGAAGGCUUUGAGAACCGGGACACCAAGGCAGAUGCUGUUGGCAACUUCGGGAAACAGGGCCUUAGUGAAGCUCAGAGCUGUGCUGUGAGUCAUCAUGUCAGCACCCAGGGGCCCGCUGAAGUUAAAGACCUUUACGUUUCUGGGGACCAUAAACCCCCCGUUGAUAGAGGGUUAAAUAAAGGCCCAGUGUUUGCUGUUGUUGCAGUACCUGAGGUAGUCCAGGAGAAACAAAACAUGAGUGGGUCUGUACCUAAACCUGAAACUGCUAAGAUGAACACCAAAUCAACCUCAAAACCAUAUUCCCUUCCAUUAAGAUGCCCACCACCUCAAACUGAUAUUAAGCCAUCAGAGCAAAUGGCAAAAGCCCCCGUGGAGGAGGAAAAGCCUGAUUCCAAAAAGCCAUUUUUGAAAGUUGAACCUGAAGCAGGAGUGCUGAAUAACUCUCCUAGAACAAGGAGGAGACAGUUUGAAGAAAUUGGACCCUCUGGCUCUCCACAUUUAAAAAGGGUAUCACGUACAGUUAAGCAAGGUGAAGAACCCAAAAUGUCUGAGGUCCCCCUGGACCCCAUUGAACAUGAAUGGCUAGUGAAGGCUGCAGCAGGCCAGUGGACUCAGGUGUAUGGUCUUCUGCUUAAAGACAUAAAUCUGGCUGAAAAAAGAGAUUUCAUUUCAGGUUUCACUGCACUCCACUGGGCAGCAAAAAGUGGCAACAGUGACAUGAUUUCUAAAAUCAUUGAAAUAUCCAGGAUAGGUGGUGCAAAGAUUGACGUUAAUGCAAGAACAUAUGGCGGAUAUACACCCCUGCAUAUUGCUGCAAUUCAUGGACGUGAAGAAGUAAUAAUUAAGCUUAUCAGAGAGUACAGUGCCAAAAUGUCCAUACGGGACUACAGUGGGAAGAAGCCAUAUCAGUACCUGAACAAGACCACCUCCCUAAAUGUGAAAAGGCUGCUAGGGGACCCUCAUGCACUUCAGGAGUGUAAUCUUCAAAAAAAACCUUCCAAGAUCUCCCAUUCAAUUCUUAGCACCACCAACUCUUUGUUGGGUGCUAUUAGUGAAGAUAUUCAAAAUGGGGAACCUUCAAAGGGAUUCAAGCCACAGUCAUUAAGUAAGCUUUUCAAUCCCCCAACAAUCUCAAAGAAGAAAAAUUACAAGCACAGAGCCGGGUUUUCCUCCAUAGCAGAAGAUAAUGACGAAGAGAAAGAAGACAACCUGGCCCGACGCAGACCAAUUUCUGAAUUUUUCCUCUGAACAGAUUUGCUGUCUGUUGAGAUGUCAUUUUGAUAUCCUUUGGGACCUGAGACAGCUCUGUCAUUCACAUUUUUAUUUUUUUAUUUUUUUUUUCUGUUUCUGGCUCUAAGAAGCAUUCAUAAUCAGUAUUAACCAUUUACACUUGGUUCUGUUUAAGGUGCUGGGAGGUUUACUAAAUGUAAUGUCUUUUUGUUGAUGGCCUGUCAGAUCUUGUUGCUCAGAAAUAAAAAAAUUGUUGUGUAAC